AUGAUUGAGAUAAACAAUGAUUCAAAACGACGACCUUCUGCCGAUAUGCGUCGUCCAAGUGUCUCCGAUAUAGCUGAUCUAAUCAAUAAGCCAUCGACGCCUUUGCGCGCGAUUGGCGAUGGUGGACCUCCAGAAAUUGUCGAUAUUCAAGAAAGCUAUUCAGCUGUUGAAGAUGAAACUGGAUAUAUAACUAUAAUGGUUGAAGGUAAUCCUGCACCUACCUUCAAAUUCUACAAAGGUGUUGGAGAGAUCAUUGAGGGUGGUCGUUAUAAGUUCAUCACCGAUGGUGCUACAAACUCAAUCAUUUUGUGUAUUCGUAAAAUAAAGCCUCUCGAUGAAGGCACUUAUCGCAUUGUUGUUUCUAAUAUUCAUGGCGAAGAUUCUGCGGAAUGUCAAUUGUAUGUGUCUGAUUCUAGUGGCAUGGACUUCCGAGCUAUGUUGAAGAAACGCAAGUACGCAAAAUGGAAGGGAGACGAAAAUGAUCCAAACUGGGGAGACUUGAAAGAGGUUGAGAAGCCUCCAGUUCCAUCUCUUAAAAAAGUUGAAAGGAAACCCGAUACGUUCUCUCGGCCACUGAUUGAUCAAUUUGCCAAGGAAGGAAAGGACAAGAAAGUUGUGUUUGAGUGUCAAUUCACAAAGCCGAAUUGCAAACCUAAAUGGUAUUUCCGUAAAGAUGAAAUUUUCCCAUCUUCCAAAUACAAGAUGGUAAACGAGGGCGAAGUUUACAAACUUAUAAUUUCUGCACCUCGAGUUGAAGACUCUGGAAAAUAUCUCAUCGAUAUCAACACAUCAACAUGUUUUGCAAACUUAAGUGUUGAAGAACCUGAUCCGACUUACAAUUUCGUUAAAAUGUUGGACAAAAAAUGUAAAGGAUAUUAUGGACAUGACUUUGAACUUGAAUGUGGUGUUAACAGCGGAAAAGCGCAAGUUUACUGGACCAAAGCUGGUGAAAGAAUAAAUCAAGAUUUAGUGGGUGAAGGCAAGAAAUAUCAGAUAAUAAAAGAGUUAUCUGGUUUCUGUAAAUUGACCGUCAACAACUGUACCAAAGACGAUGAGGGAAAACAUGCUUGUCACAUUGAGAAACAACCCGACAUGACGGAAACUGUUAUCAUCCUGUCAGAGUUCCAAUAUAAAUUCACCAAAAUCUUGAAGUCUGCUCGACUUAUCGAGAAAGAUAAUUUGACAUUGGCUUGUGAAUUGAACGACGCUCGCGGCGAUGUGAAAUGGUUUAAAGGUGAAGAAGAAAUUCAAGGUGAUAAGCGAGUUGAAAUCAUUAAAGAUGGAAGAAAACGAAAACUUAUCAUUAAAGAUGCUAAAGUCAGUGAUGCAGGUUUAUAUUCCUGUGUUUCAAAUGCUGACAAGACAACAGCUGACAUUGUUGUUAACUAUCAAAAUAAAUUUUUGAAGAAACUUAAAGACACUGACAUGGUCGAACGUGAAAAAGUUGUUCUUGAAGUUGAAUUGCAAGAUCAAACAGCAGCUGCUGAUUGGUUCUUAAAUGGUGAACAACUCAAAGAAGGAGAAGACAUUGAAUUUAAAAAUCUUGGAGGCGGAAAGCAUCAAUUGGUUUUCAAAAAUGUUAAAAUAGAACAUGCUGGAAAUUUGGAGUGCAAAUCUGGUGAUUUGUCAUCCAAAUGUGAACUUACCGUUCUUAAGGGUGAGUCUAAACCAGUUGUAGAUGCACCAGAAAAGUUCGAGGCUCCUAUCGAUCGUGGAGGUCCAUUCGAACUUGUUGUACCUUAUCGUAUUGAUGGUACACGUAAGAGUCCAGUACAAGCAAAGAUUGUUGGCCCUGAUGGAAAAGUUCUCGGCAAGAACGACGUCGAAGUUAUUGUCAGAGACGAUAAAGUCAUAUUCAGAAUGAAGAAGCCUUCUCGUGAUAUGUCAGGGCCUUAUAAGGUCACUGUUGAGAAUGCUCAAGGAUCUGUUGAGUCUCCUAUUAAACUUACCAUGAUGACAGCACCCACACCACCUCAGAAGCUUGAAAUGAAAGAUUUGUUCGAUACACAUUUCACACUCAAGUGGUCAGCACCUGCUGACGAUGGUGGUUCGCCUAUUGUUGGUUACAAAAUUGAAGUUGAUAAUCAAUCAGAAAAAUCUUCUUGGUAUGCUUACAGUCCAAAAGAAGGUGACAUUAUUCAGAUCGAGAAGGGAGAUAAAAUUGGAAAAGUUGUUAGUGAAAUUGGCAGUUACAUAAAGCCCAAUAUCACUCGUUAUAAGAUUGAAGGCUUUAGAAAGGGACAAAUCUUAAGAGUUCGAGUUCGUGCUGCGAAUCGUGUUGGUGAAUCUGACCCAGCAACAAUCGCUGAUCGUAUAACGAUGAAGAAUCCAUGGACUGUUCCAAAUCCACCCAGAGAACCAGAAGUCAUUGAUUGGACAGAAACAACUUUGUCAGUUCAAUGGAAGGAACCUGAAUCAGACGGAGGUUCUCCUAUCACUGGUUAUGUCGUGGAAUAUAAAGAAAAGAUGGCUUCAACAUGGAAAUCUUAUGUUGAGUCUGAUCCAAAGAAAUUAAAUACAAUUAUUCCUAACUUGCGAACAGGUGCUUCAUAUGUUGUAAGAAUUCGAGCACGUAAUGUUGAAGGUGAUUCAGAACCAUCAGCAACAACACCACCCAAAAUUGCUAAAGCUCGUUUUGUUAAGCCUUUCUUCGUCGAUGUUGGCACAAUGCAAAAUAUUACAAUUCGCAAAGGUCAAAUGGCACGUUGGGACGUGGCUUAUGGAGGUGAACCUGAUCCAACUUCUGAUUGGUUCUUCAGUAAAGGACGGCUUGGAAUUGCUCCUGAAGUGCAAGUUAAACCAACUGGUGAUGAUCACAUAACUGUUGAGAAAUAUGAUCGCAAUUCUGUUCUCACAGUUAAGAAAGCUGUGCGAACUGAUUCUGGUCGUUAUUAUAUUCGUGUUGUCAAUGAAGUUGGUAAAGCUGAACAUCAAGCUGAUCUUUUGGUUCUCGACAAACCAUCACCACCUGAUGGUGAACCUGAAGCAACAAAGAUUCGAGAGAAUUGCGCAACAGUCGCUUUCAAUCCACCAAGAGACGACGGUGGUUCUCCAAUCUUAGGAUACAUUAUUGAGAAAAUGGAUACCGAGACUGGACGUUGGGUUGGAGCUGGAGAAUGUGGACCAGAUGCCAAUGAAUUUGAAGUUAAAAACUUGACGAAAGGAAAGCGUUAUAAACUUCGUGUCAAAGCUUACAACAAGGAAGGAGAAUCCGAACCAGCCGAAAUGUCAGAGUCGUUUGUUGCUCAAAAUCCUUAUGAUGAACCAAAUGCACCUGGCAAACCUGACAUUAUUGACUACGAUAAUAAAUCGGUUACAUUGAAAUGGGAACCACCAAAGAACGAUGGUGGUCGUCCAAUUACUCAUUAUGUCAUUGAAAUGUUGAACAAAUAUCAACCAGACUGGGUUGAGUUGAUGCCAACUGAGACAAAUGAUUGCGAAUUUAAAGUUCCUGGAUUGAAAGAGAGAAUGGCUUACCAGUUCCGUGUACGUGCGGUUAACAAAGCUGGAAAGUCUGCUCCAUCACAGCCUACUGACAGCCAUGUCGUUAGACAUAGAAAUCUUAAACCACGCAUUGAUCGUGAAUGUAUGAAAAACGUCACACUCAAAGCUGGUCGCACUCUGCAAUGGGCUGUUGACGUAGAAGGUGAACCUACACCAACUAUUGAGUGGGUAUGGAGAGAUGGAAUUCCACUAACAGAGACUGAACGCAUCAAAAUUGACAACAGCAAACCAAACCAUACCAUCUUUACAAUUAUCGAUUCAAAGCGAGAAGAUCGUGGAAAGUUUACGUUGAAAGCAAGUAACAGAAAUGGUAAAGACGAAUGGAGUGCAGAAUUUAUUGUUCUUGGAGCUCCUAAAGGUGCACAAAAGGUAGAGUGUACAGAAGCUCUCAAUGGAACAGCUAAAUUGAAGAUUAAAAAGCCAGUUGAUGAUGGUGGCGUUCCAAUUACUGGAUACACUAUUGAAAAGUUAGAUCCUGACACUGGUAAAUGGGUUAGAGCUGCUUAUGUACCUGCCAACAAAACUGGAAGUGGAGAUGAAUUCGAAACACUUAUACCUAACUUGGAAAAUGGAAAACCUUACAAAUUUAGAGUCAAAGCAGAAAAUGACGAAGGUGAAAGUGACUUCACCUACACCGAUGGUGAAAUUUGUCCUGUGGGGGCACCCUCUGCUGGAGACAAACCUGAAAUCGUUGACUUUGAUGAGAAUUCUGUUGAUCUUGAAUUCCAACCACCAGAUGAUGAUGGCGGCGCACCUAUUGACGAAUAUGUUAUUGAACAAAAAGAUCCAAGAACUGGUCAAUGGACACCAGUGAAAACCGUACCUGCUGAUAAGGAAGAUGAUGCAAAGGCUAAGAAGGAAAAGAGAAAGAAGAAGAAAGUCAAAGCUAAGAUUGACGGUCUCAAAGAAGGUGACAAUGUUCAAUUCAGAGUUCGUGCGAAGAACAAGGGUGGACUUGGUGAACCAACUGACCCAACUGAUCUUCAUAAGGUUCGUCCUAAAAAAAUGAAGCCUAGAAUUGAUCGAAAUGCAAUGAAAGCAUUGACAUUGAAAGCAGGAAAAACUCACAACUUUGAAGUUCCAGUUCGAGGAAUUCCACCACCUGAAUAUGUUUGGAGCAUUGGUGAUUAUAUCAUUGAGACAAAUGAAUUAUUCUCCGUUAACAGUGAAACUGAUAAUGUUGCUAAAUUGAAUAUUCUUGAUGCCCAACGUAAGAAAAGCGGUGUGCUUAAACUCAAAGCAACAAAUGAACAUGGUUCCGAUGAAUAUGAACUUGAAUAUACUGUUCUUGGUGCACCUUCAAAACCAAACAUAAAGAAGAAGGUCGAUUUAGUGCCAGCAGAUACAAAACUUAAAAAAGGAAAGCGUGGCGCGAAGGGAGAUGACAAAGAGAACGAAUAUCCAUCACUUAGAACUGUUCCUGGUCGUGACAAGGAUGAUGAUUUUGAUGAUGAUGAUGGCACAGGAAAAGGAAAAGGAAAGAGAAAGAAGCCUAGAACUGAUUUGCCGAUUGGCACUGGAAGCUUAUCACCAUUAGCUGCUCAAGUCAACUGGGAACCACCAGAAGACGAUGGAGGUGUUCCAUUGCAAAAAUAUAUCAUUGAAGCACGACCAGAGAAAGGAGGCAAAUGGGAGAAAGUUGCUGAAGCUGAUCCUGAUGACACUGCAGCAAUCAUUAAGAACUUAAAGCCUGAUGAGAAAUAUAAAUUCAGAGUCAGAGCUGUAAAUAAGAAUGAUGAAGUUGGUGAUCCAGCUGAAACUGACGUUUGUUAUGUACCUCCCAAUGUUAAGCCUCCUGGUGAAGCUGGAAAGCCUGAAAUCGUUGACUUCGAUGAAAAAUCUGUUAAAUUAAAGUUCAAACCACCACGUAAUGAUGGCGGUGCUCCUGUCACACAUUAUGUGAUUGAAGCGAAAGAUAAGAGUAUGUCUUCAGCUGGUUGGAAAGAAAUUGCUGUUACAGACAGUCCAAAACCAGAAGCUGAAGUUGAUGGUUUGAGAGAAGGGCAAACAUUACAAUUCAGAGUUCGUGCUGUCAAUGAUGCUGGUAUUGGAGAACCUGGUGAAGCAUCUGAAGCCCAUUUAGUGCGACCUAAAAACGCACCACCACAAAUCAUAAGAGAAACUUUGAAAAAAGAUGUUAAAGUUGAUUUGAAUUCAAAUUUGCGUAUUGAAGUUGAAUAUAAGGGAGAACCAGAACCAGAUGUCGAGUUCUAUUUGAAACCACGAAAACGCAAAGGAAAACCAGAAAUUGUCACAGAAACUGAAUAUGGAAAUCCUUUGACAAUUGGCAAGUGGACAAGAAUAGAACCAGCUGCUGAUUCUCUUCAAUAUUCAGGUUAUUAUGUUAUUGAACGAAUUGAACGUGGUUAUGGAGGUGAAUUGACUGUCUUAGUUAAAAAUGAGAAUGGAACAGAUUCAGAGGCGAUAACCGUUAAAAUUCUGGGCGUACCAAAAAGCCCUCGAGGUCCAUUGGAAGCUGUUGACAUUACUAAAGACAGUUGCACAUUGAAAUUCAAACCUCCAGCAGACGAUGGUGAUUGUCAACCUACAGGCUAUCAAUUAGAAAAAAUGGAUACAAAGACAGGAAAUUGGGUUCCAUGUGGACGAAUUGACGCACCUACCGAUGGUGAUGAUGAAACUGAAAUCAAGGUACCAGUUAAAGGAUUGGAAGAAGGUCAACGGUACCAAUUCAGAGUCAAAGCUAUUAAUGAUGAAGGUGCUAGUGAACCAUUAACCACUGAUGGUUCAAUUCUUGCUAAAGAUCCAUUUGGCGCUACAACACCUCCUGGACUUCCAAGUGUUGUUGACUUUGAUGGUCCAAUGGUUGAAUUAGAAUUUUCUCCACCAAUGCGAGAUAAUGGCGCACCUGUUCAAUCCUACAUUAUUGAAAAGCGUGCUAAAGGAGAUUCAGGUUGGGAAAAGGCUGCAGAAGUUCCAAGUCAGGGUUCAGGACCCCAAAAAGCUAAGGUCAAGGGAUUGAAAGAAGGUGGACAGUAUCAAUUCCGAGUGAAGGCUGUCAAUAAGGGUGGCGUUAGCGAUCCUAGUGAAGAAAGUAAUUGGCAUUUGGCAAGAAAGAAGAAUGUACCACCACAUAUUGAUAGAGAAAAUCUUAAGGACACGGUUGUCAGAUCAGGAUUGUCUCUUGCUUUUGAUGUCAAAGUUGUCGGUGAACCACAACCAACUAUAACGUGGUAUUUCAACGAUAAACUCGUUGAUGAUAUCAAUGUCGAUCAUCUUGCUGACAAUGCUAAAGUUAAAAUUGAUCCUCCAUCACAUUUCAUGGCACCUUCAAGCUUGAUUGGAACUGGUCAAACAGUAAUUGAAAGUCCAAGCACAUUCAUAUCAAAAUACUGCCUUUUAAGGUCAUCUCCGUUCUGGGCAGGAAAAUGGACUAUUAAAGCCGAAAACAUUAAUGGUGUUGAUCAGGCAGACUUUAACUUAGAAGUAGCCGCGCCUCCAAAUCCACCUCGUGGACCUCUUGAGAUUUCAGAUGUAAGCAAGAGUGGAUGUAAAUUAGCAUGGAAGGAACCUGAUCCUGAAAAUGGUGGCAAGCCAGAAUCAUAUCGAGUUGAGAAAAUGGAUUUGGCACUUGGUGGAGCAUGGAUUCCUUGUGGCGAGUCAACCAAACCUGAAUGUGAAGUUGCUGGGUUAGCUGAGGGACAUGUUUACAAAUUCAGAGUUGUUGCUGUCAAUCCAAAUGGUGAAUCAGAACCAUUAGAAGCUACAGAGCUUGUGACAGCAAAGGAUGCAUUUGGCGUUCCAACAAAACCAGGUGUUCCAAAAUGUACAGCAUGGGAUAAAGAUUUUGCUGAGUUUGAAUGGGCAGCCCCACAAAGUGAUGGCGGUGCACCAAUUGAAUCUUAUGAAGUUGAAUGUCGUCGAGGUGAUGGUCGAUGGGAAACAAUGCCACUUGUGUUUGCAAAGAAUGGACGUAGCAUAAGAAUUCCUGGAAUUGAAGGUGACGAAGUGGAGAUUAGAGUUUGUGCCAUUAAUAAAGCAGGAAAAUCUAAUCCAUCAAAUGCUUCUGAGAGAGUAAAAUUACGCCCAUCGAAGGUAGCACCAACUAUUAAACUUGGAAAUGUUCCACCAAAUCUCAUUGCACCUGCAAAACCAGGAGAAGAUGAAACUGAUAAACCAUUGCUUCAAGUUAAUCAUCCUAAAGACAAGCCAAUCAAAUUCUCUUUGUUAGUUAAUGGAGAGCCAGAACCAACAGUUGAAGUCUUUGAUGGAGACCAAAAACUUAAUCCAAAAGAAGAUGGAAUUGAGUUUGAAUAUGCUGAUGGAGAGUUGGUCAUGAAGUUAGAUAAACCUAAAAGGAAGAAGCCUCGUCGCUUGCGUAUUGUUGCUAAGAAUCGCAACGGAACAAAGGAAGAAAAAGUGAACAUUGACUUCCUUGGACCUCCUGAUAAACCUGAAGGACCCUUAACUACUACUCAAGAUCAAUCCGUUGGAGAACCUCAUGUGGUUCUUCAUUGGAAAGCUCCAGAAGAUGAUGGCGGAUCUCCAAUUGACAGCUACGUUGUUGAAAAACAAGACGCUGCUACUGGUCGUUGGGUGCAAGCAGGUUUUGUUGAUGCACCUAAAGCAAAUGCAGAUGGAACCAAACCAGAACUUGAAUUCUUAUGCCCUGGCUUAGUUGAAGGAAAUCAAUAUAAUUUCAGAGUUAGAGCUCACAAUGCUGAAGGUGACUCUGAACCAUUAGAGACAGAAGAUUCCAUAACAGCGAAAUCUCCAUGGACGGUUCCAGGAGCCCCUGAAAAUGUUAAAGUAUUAGAUUGGGGAAGAAACUUUGUCACAGUUGAAUGGAAUCCACCACAAUCAGAUGGUGGCGUUCCAAUCGAAAAAUAUCUCAUAGAGAAGAAAGAAGUUCAUACAUCAAAAUACGUUCGUGGAACCGAACUUAUUUUGGGCAAAUUGAAACCUGGAGAAGAACGUCCAAAUGUUUUCUCAAUUAAGGUUUCUGAUUUAACUGAAGGAUGUCGCUAUCAAUUCCAAAUUAAAGCUGUUAAUAAAGCUGGAGCUGGUCCACCAAGCUCAGCCACAGCUCCUGUUGAAUGCAAAGAUCGUUUUGCACCAGCCAGAAUUGAAGAUCGUCUUGGAUCACGUAAUAUUGUUCUUCAUGUAGGUCAACCAUUUAAAAUAGAUGUUAGAUUCAGUGGAGAACCUUGCCCAGAUCGUUAUUGGUUGUUCAAUAAGGAACGUAUUGACCUUGAAAGAUCAGACUCAUCAAAACCAAGUUUAGCAUCAAAAGCUAAAGGUGGCGAUGAAGAUAAAAAGAAGGAAUCAUUAUUCUCAAGUCCAGAAGAAAAGGAAGCUUUCAUCAAAACCAUUCAUUGUGAAAUGGAAGAUUAUAGAUGUAAAAUCAACGUUGCUUCAGUUACUCGUCAAUACUUAGGUUUAUGGCAAUUCAAAGUAGCCAAUCAAUAUGGUUCUGAUGAAUUGGAUGUCACUGUAACAAUAGUUGGACCACCUGGACCAAUAGAAUUGGAAAUAAAAGAUCUUACAGCUGACACUGCUACAAUCAAGUGGAUGCCACCUCUUGAUGAUGGUGGAGUUCCAAUCGAUUAUUACUGGGUUGAAAAGAGACCCACAAGAUAUACAACUGUAGGAAGAUCAAAAGAUACUCAUUAUGUUGUUCCUGAAUUGGAAGAAGGUGUUGCAUAUGAAUUUAGAGUUCGUGCAUGUAAUGCUGAAGGAGAUGGUGAACCAAGCACAAUUUCACAUCGUCAUUGUCCAGAUAUUAGCAAGGUACCAGGCAAACCUGGAACUCCCGAUGUAUAUGAUUGGGACAAAGACUGGGCUGAACUUCGCUGGGCACCUCCUGUUGCUGAUGGAGGUAGACCAAUCACUGGCUAUCAAAUUGAGAAGAGAAAGAAGGAUGGAGUUGGCAAAUGGAUAAAAAUUGGUGAAACUUCUCAAAAUGAGUUCCGUGCUCCCGAUUUAGAUGAAGGAGAAGAAUAUGAAUUCCGUGUUCGUGCUGUAAAUUCAGUUGGACCCUCUGAUCCUAGCGAACCCUCAAAAGGAUGUGUUGCACGUUCUAGAAAAAUGGCACCCAAAAUUGAUAGACGUACACUUGGUGAUAUUAAAGUCAAGGAUGGAGAAGUUUACUAUAUUGAUGUUAAAGUUCAAGGUGAACCGGAACCAACCAUUUCAUGGGAAUUCAAUGAUCGUUCACUUCUUUCAACAACUCAUAUGUCGAUAAGAAACGAACCUUAUAAAUCUUAUCUUAAAAAUGCUGAAGCUACUCGAAGAGACGCAGGUCGAUAUAAAAUCAUUGCUACAAAUAAAUUUGGAUAUGAUGAAGCUGAACUUGAAGUACAAGUCAUUUCGAAGCCUUCUGCACCAGAAGGUCCAUUAGAAGUUUCUGAUAUCCAUGCUGAAGGAUGUAAAUUGAAGUGGCGCAAGCCUAAAGAUGAUGGUGGCUUACCUAUUGAUCACUAUGCUGUUGAGAAAUUCGAUAACGAAACUGGCAUAUGGUUACCUGUUGGAAAAACUGACGGAAAUAAUCCUGAAAUGGAAGUUGAUUGCCUAACACCAGAUCAUGAAUAUAAAUUCCGUGUAAGAGCAGUAAAUGCUGAAGGCGAAUCUGAACCUUUGGAAACAUUAAGUCAUAUUGUUGCAAGAGAUCCAUUUACACUUCCCUCUGCACCAGGCGCUCCAAAGCCUACAAUGUGGUCAAUAAAUCACAUCGAGUUAGAAUGGGAAGCACCAGUUUCAGAUGGUGGUACUCCAAUCACACAUUACGUUGUUGAAAAGAAGGAUAAAUAUUCUCCAAUUUGGGAAAGAUGUGGAGAAAGUCCUGGCCCAAAAGCUACAGCCAAUAUUACUGGAUUAAUUGAAGGUGUUGAAUAUCAGUUUAGAGUUUGUGCUGUUAACAAAAAAGGUCUCGGUGAUUUUGGACCACCUUCUCGACCUCAUGUUGCUAGACCUCAUCAUAUUGCACCUAAAAUAGAUCGUCGAACAUUCAAAGACAUUACUCUUCCUGUUGGAACUUUACUGAAAUUCGAUGUUACAGUUAUAGGAGAACCUACACCGAAAAUUGAAUGGAGAUUUAACAGCGCACGUUUGGAGUCAGGUGGAAACUGUGAAACUCUUAUAACCGAUUAUGGAACAAGACUCUUCCGAAGACCAGUUACACGUAAAGAUGCCGGAGGCUACGAAAUUAUUGCAACUAAUGAAUAUGGAAAAGAUACUGCUACCGUUGACGUCAAUGUUGUCGAUGUUUCAGAUGCACCAGGUGGUCCAUUGGAAAUAUCAGACAUCAGUAGUAGUGGUUGCAAAUUGAAAUGGAAACGACCUUUAGACGAUGGAGGUUCUCCAAUUGAGUAUUACCAAGUUCAAAAGCAAGAUGUUAAGACAGGUGUAUGGAUACCCUGUGCCAAAUCAACAGAGCCACAUGCUGAUGUUUCUGGAUUACAAGAAGGCGGAGAAUAUUUGUUCCGUGUUGUUGCUGUUAAUUCAGAAGGAGAAAGCAAACCUCUUGUUGCCGAUCAUUCUAUAUUAGCAGUAAAUGAAUUUGAUAUUCCAUCAGCACCAGAAAAUGUUCGUGCAUUACGAAUUGAUGCUACUGAAAUAACCAUUCAAUGGUCGCCACCACGCGUUGAUGGAGGAGCUCCAAUUGAGCGUUAUGAAAUCCAAAAACGUGAUCGUUUUGGAAACUGGGAUAAAGUUGGUGAGACUGAAGUUACUGGACUUCCAGGAUCAGAUCCAACAUUUAAAUGCACAGGACUUAUUCUCGGAGAGUUGUAUGAAUUUAGAGCUCGUGCACAAAACAAAGCUGGAUGGAGUGAAUGGUCAUUGCCAUCUAGGAAAUUUGAAACUGCAAACGCAGAAGCUCCACCAAAUCUUACAGUUGUUAAGAGUCCAAAUAAUGGAACGUUUGCUCCUGAAAAACCAGAUGGAGAAAAAUCAACAAUUAAUGCUUUAGGUGGUGCAGUUAUUAGAAAUACUCAUGAUAACUCAUCAAAUCUAAUUAAUGUUGGAGUUUGGCGUAUACGUGCUGGUGACAGUGCAGCUUUUGAAUUUUCUGUAAAAGGAACAGAACCUAUUGUUAUGAAAUGGUCGAAAGGUGGCAGAGCCGGUGUUUCACAAUGCGAACAACUUAAGGCUGUUGCAACUGAAACAACAGCUAAACUUCUUCUUCGUACAGUAACAAGAAAUGAAAGUGGCGGUUAUGCUUUAACUGCACAAAAUGAUUUUGGAUGCGACGCUUGUGUAAUUCACUUAUAUGUCAUGGAUGUUCCUGCACCACCAGGCGGUCCAUUAAGAGCAAAGGCAUUAGGAGAGAAAGAAGCUGCACUCAAUUUCAAAGCUUCUCCAAUUGAAGGAGAUCCAGCAUACGCAGUUCCAAUCGAUGCUUAUGUUAUUGAAAAAUGUGAUGAAGCUGUAGGUCGUUGGACACAAUGUGCAGAAGUAUCUCAACCUCCAUUCCCAGGCGAAGAUUUGAAGGUUGACGGUUUAUUACCUGGUCAUAAAUACAAAUUCCGUGUUCGUGCAGUUAACAAAUACGGAAAGUCUGAUCCACUUACAUCAACAACUCCUAUUGAAGCCAAAUCUCCUUAUUCUCCACCUGAGCGUUGUGGCGCUCCAGAGGUUGCAGAUUUCGAUUCAGACUUUGUUGAUCUUACAUGGGAACGACCUCCACACAAAACUAUUUUACCUGGAAAAGAAGGAGAAGCUGGUGAAAAACCAUUGGGUGAACCGCCGAUCCUUGGAUAUUUGGUUGAAUAUAAAGAUCAAGCGGGAGGAGAUUGGGUUACUGGUGCUGAAGUUGAUGGAGAUAUCAACAAAGUUCACUUGGAUAACCUUCCUGAACAUGCUAAUUUGAUUUUCCGUGUUACCGCAAGAAAUAUUGCUGGUUAUGGCAUUGAAUCACCACCAUCUAAAUUACAUCGCAUGCGACCAAAGAAUGCUCCACCGAAGAUUGAUAAAUCAUCAUUGCAUAAUGUUCGUGUUCGAGCUGGCGUGAACGUUGACUUAAACGUUCCAUUCAGCGGUGAGCCUACUCCACGUAUCGAAUGGUGUUGCAAUGAUAUUCCAUUGUUUGAUAGCGACCGUGUUAAAAUAAAUACUGAGUUCCCAAAUACUCGUUUCCGUAUUUUCGAUACCAAACGAAGCGACACUGGCACUUAUACUAUCAUUGCUAAGAAUGAUAAUGGAGUCGACAAGGCGACUGUAAGAGUUGAAGUUAUUGAUGCGCCAUCAGCACCAGAAGGCCCGCUCAAAGCAAAUGAAAUUACUCACAAUGCUUGCACUCUACACUGGAGACCUCCAAAAGAUGAUGGAGGCGCACCAGUAGAAACGUAUGUUGUAGAAAAGAUGGACUUAGAAACCCUUCGCUGGGUACCGGUUGGAGAAACAGUCCAAACCAACUUCCGUGUUCCAUCGUUGAUUGAAGGACGCCAAUAUCAAUUCCGUGUGAAAGCAGUCAAUAAGAUUGGAGCUUCUCCAUUCCUUACAACAUCACAACCAAUAACAGCAGAAGAUGAAUUCAAACGCCCUGAUAAACCAGGCGCGCCUCAAGUUACAGAUUCUGAUGCAACAUGGGUUGAUCUUGAAUGGACAGCACCAAAACGAGAUGGCGGAUCCCCUAUUGAAUAUUACAAAAUCGAAAAGAGAGGACCAAAUGGUAAAUGGGUUGAAGCUGGAAGAUUUGACGCACCUGAAACUAAAGGACGUGUUAAAGAUCUUACUGAGGGUGAUAAAUAUGAAUUCAGAGUUAUAGCCGUUAACAAAGGUGGUGACUCAGAUCCAUCUGAAGCAAGCCAUACUCACCUUAUGAAAGCUAAAUUUGCUGCCCCACACUUGGAUAGAACAGAACUUCCUGACUUAGUCGUUAGAGAAGGAAAAGCCGCGAAAUGGGCAAUAAAUGUGAGUGGUUCACCACCACCCAAAGUAGAGUGGCGUCGUGGAAAUACAUUGAUAGAAGAAGGCGCCCCUCAUACUCACAUAAGCUACUUCGGAGGAGAAGCAGUCUUUGAAAUUCCAUUUACAAAGAAAUCUGAUGGAGACACAUAUUCGCUCACUGUUGUAAAUGAUGUUGGAAAAGCAAAGGUAUCCGGAAAAUUAAAAGUUAUUUCUGUUCCUGAUGCCCCUGAACCACCAUUUGAUGUGACAAACAUUACACGUGAUGCUUGUUCGCUCAGUUGGAAUCCACCAAAAGAUGAUGGUGGCGUUCCAAUUCAAUAUUACAAGGUAGAGAAAAUGGAUGUCUCUCGAGGCACAUGGCAAGAUGCUGGUAUUCGUCCAUCAUCUCCAUUCGCACAUAUAACAAACUUGCAGUAUAGAAGAAAAUAUUUGUUCCGAGUUAUUGCCGUCAAUGAAGUUGGAGAUUCAGAUCCAUUGUGUACUAAAAUUGCAAUGGUUGCUAGAGAUCCUUAUGCUGAACCGACACCUCCGGGAAAACCAAUGGUUGUCGAUUGGGAUUUGGGAAAAGUUGUUCUUCAUUUCCAACCUUCAGAAAAAGAAGGCGGAUCUCCAAUUGAUCACUACAUCAUUGAAGCUAUUGAGGCACCAGUAGGAGUUAAUGUUCCAGCUGAUGAUAACUCGCCAAUGUGGCAUCGCGUUGCUGAAGUGCCACGUCGUAAUGGAACAGUAAUGAAUGAACGUUUGGGACAAGUUUUUGAAGGCAUCGUAACUGAUCUCAACCCUCAAAGAGUGUACUCAUUCAGAGUAAUUGCUGUCAAUUCUUCUGGAGAAUCUGAUCCUAGUGAUAAAACAGAUUUCGUUCAACCAAAAUUACGUCAAUUAGCUCCUCGUAUUUUAACUGCUAUUUCUCAUUCAUACACCUUCAAAAAUGGAGUAAUCUUCCAUUUGGAUAUUGACUUUGAAGGUGAACCUGAGCCAGUUGUUGAAUGGAAACGUGUCACUCGUGAUAAAACUACUUUGGCAUCUUUAGAUACAACAGAUGCAUUUAACAUUGCAGCAGUUUUGGAGUCAAACGAACGUAGAACUGUAACUGCUGUAGGAUGGCAUACUAAUCUUCAUAUUGUCAAUUUGAAACCAGGAGAUGAUGGUGGUUACUAUGAAGUAAGAAUCACAAACCCAAGUGGAACUGACUUCCGUCGAUUCCAACUUGUUGUACUUGAACCUCCAGAGGCACCACGACCACCGUUUAAAUUCGAAAAGAUAACUUCAGGAUCAGUAACUUUAUCAUGGUUACCUCCUGAUUAUGAUGGUGGUUCACCGCUUACAUCUUAUGUCAUUGAGAAACAAGAUAUAACUCAUGGAGGCGGUUGGGUUCCAGCUGUACCAUAUAUCAACCCAACAACUAUUCAUGCUGUUGUUCCAAAGCUUCAAGAUCAAACAAUUUAUCAGUUCCGAGUUUUUGCUGAAAACUUACAAGGUCGAUCACCACCACUUGUAAGCGAAAAGAAACGUGUCUCAAACUCUGUACAAGUGCCCGGACGACCUCAACCUCCUAUUGCAGCUGAUAUCAAUUCCGAUUUCAUUUUGGUUACAUGGUCACCACCUAUUUCGGAUGGUGGUGCUCCAAUUGAAGGAUAUGUUUUGGAACGACGUGAUAGAUUGUAUGGCAGGUUUAUUAAAUGUCAUAGCGAUAUUUUACGUGGUGCACCUUAUAAAGAUACAAAGGUUACUGAAGGCCAUGCAUAUGAAUAUCGUGUUGCAGCUGUAAACUCUGCUGGUGAAGGAGAGUUCUCAGAUGCUUCUCAACCUAUUUAUGCUAAGAACCAAAAGGAAGGAGCUCAUAUUAUUCUUGAUUCUUCUGUAAGAAAAUCAGUUAAGAUUCGUCAAGGAGAACCAUUAAGAUUGCGUGUUAAAUAUGGCGGAACUCCAGCACCAACAGUUGAAUGGAGUCGAGGAGGUGUACCAAUACCUCAAGCAACGAAGAGUGGAUUCACAAAUGAUGGGGAGAAUACUGAAAUGUGGGUUACAAAAACUACACGUCGUGAUAGUGGCGACUACAAAGUUUUUGUUAAAAAUGAAUAUGGAAGUGAUUCAUAUGUCUUCGAUGUUACUGUUUUAGCCCCACCCACAUGGGAAGCUUAUGCUCGUGAAGAACUUCGAGAUGGAGAAGAAAGACCUGCAGCAAUAACAGAACCUUCAAUUGUGGGUACUGUCACCUAUACCGAUCAAACCCGUGAUGGAUUGACUCUCGUCUGGCCUGAACCUCGUGACGAUGGUGGUUCUCCUGUGACUCAUUAUGAAAUCGAAUACAAAGAAACAAAAGCACAAUUUUGGCAAUUACUUAAUGGAUAUUGUCCAACUAAUCGUUAUAAUGUGAGAAACUUGAAAGAAGGUUCUAAAUAUGAUUUCCGCAUUCGUGCCGUCAAUGCUGUUGGCAUAUCAAUUGAUCAUAUUUCUGGAAAAUCUGUGGUUAUUAAGAGCCCACAUGAACUUCCACCAGCACCUUUGGAUGCUCCAAAAGUUGAAGUCACCACUGGAGAUGCUGUUAUUGUUACAUGGCCUGCAGCCCGAGACACCGCUGGGCGUGCUCUUAUUGGCUAUCACAUUGAACGCCGAGCUAGAGGUGAACCAUGGGCAAAACUCACAACUUAUCCUACACCAAGCACAACAUUGUUAGUGUCAGACUUACAACAAGGUCUGAAAUAUGAAUUUAGAUACUGUAUAGUAUCGGAUGCUGGUGAGAGUGAACCAUCACCACCUUCAGUUGGAGUCGAACUUGGAACUGCAUCAAGACCUCCAGGUGAACCAUACCCACCUAAUGUUGACAGAAUCACUAAAGAUGGAGUCAAACUUUCAUGGACCGCACCAAUAUCCACAACUGCUAGAUCAAAGAUAGCUCCAGUUGAAGGAUGGCGAGUUGAAAUGAGAAAACGUGAUGGAGACAACGAUACACCUUGGACCGUUGCUCCUGGUUGUGAAAUGGUUGAACAUCCAAAUGCAGACAUCAAGGGACUGGAAGACAAUGCCGAAUAUCAGUUCCGUAUUAAAGCUGUUAAUUCAUUCGGAGAAUCUAAUCCAUCUCGUCCAUCUCAGUGGUGCCGCAUUGAAGAACAACAAAAUCGUCCAAUAUUUGGUUCUGAAAAACCAAGAGAUAUCGUCGUUCGGGCUGGAGAAAGCUUUUCUAUUGCAAUUCCAUAUACAGCACAUCCAAUUCCUAUUGCUUCAUGGAACUUCAAUGGAGAUUUCCUUAUUUCAUCUGAUGAAAAAGAACCUGAACAAAAAUCAGCAGAUGGAGUUAUUAUGAGUAGCUUGACUUCUGAUAAUGCAAUGCUUUUGGUUAACAACGCUCAAAGAAAUCAUGCAGGCGCAUAUAGAUGCCACCUUAAAAAUCCUAGUGGUUUUGAUACCUUAGAGAUCAAAGUCACAGUGCUUGAUCGUCCAGCUCCACCAGAAAAUCUUCAUGUUCCACAAUUCGAAGGUGAUUCAUUGUUGUUAGCAUGGAGCGAACCAUCAGACACUGGUGGUGCACCUAUCGAUAAUUACACUGUUGAAAAACGUAAAUCAAAUGAAGCGAGAUGGACAAAGGUCAACAGCUAUUGCACUUCAAACCAAUGUAAAGUGCGCAACCUUGAUGUGGGAACAGACUAUGACUUUAGAGUUCGAGCAGAAAAUCAAUAUGGUACAUCUGAUUGGACACAAACUGAACGUCCAAUUCGUGCAAGACAUCCAUUCAAUGUACCAGAUGCACCAGGAGUUCCACAACGUUCAGAUGUUGACCGUCCAACAAGAAGAUUUGAUGAUCUUGAGUCUCCUUCUUCUGCACCAAUACCUCGUUGGGAAACAAUUUCUCUUGAAUGGAGAGCUCCAGUUAACAAUGGUGGAUCCCCUGUUACUGGUUAUACUGUCGAACGACGACUCCAAGGAACAACAUCUUGGGAUCGAUGUGCACAAACCGGUCCAGAAUGCAUGGCCAGAGUUAGUGGACUCGAAGAAGGAUCGAUUUACGAAUUCAGAGUUCAAGCACGUAAUGCGGCAGGUCAUGGAGCUUUCUCACAAGCUUCCGUUUCACUUACUUGCCAACCUCCAGCUUCUGCACCUAAAUUAGGUUCAAUCUCAUCUAACUUGUCACUUACUUUAGGAACAGCACCUAAGGAAUAUAUUGUUCAAGCUGGUUCAAAACUGCGCAUCACAAUUCCAUUGCUUCAAGGUUUCCCUGUACCUGAAGCUCAAUGGGAUAAUAAUGGAAACGUUCUUAAUAACGACACUCGUUACAAAAUUUCUUACGCUCAUAGAGAAUACACCUUGGAAAUUCCUGAAGUUGAGCGACCUACAGAUAGCGGCAACUACCGUUUGACAGUAGAGAAUGCUUCAGGAAGAGAUCAAAUUACUUUCAAAGUUGUUAUUGUUGAUCGUCCUGGUCCACCAAAAGGAUUCACAACUUCGUUGCCAAUGGCUGGUGAUACAUCAUUAUCUAAAACUGCUGUUGAUGGAAAAUAUUUGGGUUGCACUGAUAUCACAACUGAAACUGUAACUCUUUUAUGGGAUGUUCCUGAUGACAAUGGUGGUUCUGAAAUUACUAAUUACAUCAUUGAAAGACGUGAAGUUGAUUAUGUUUGGGUUAAAAUAUGUUCAUUUAAUCGUAGUACAACAUAUACUGCAUGUGGCCUUCGUGAAAAUCAUGAAUAUGAUUUCCAAGUCAGGGCAGAAAAUCAAUAUGGAAUUUCUGAUCCAUUGACUACAGCCAGUCCAGUUUGUGCAAAAUACCAGUUCCGUGCCCCUGAUGCACCUGGAAUUCCAACAUGUACUGAAAUCACAACAAGCUCAGUUAAUUUAUUAUGGGCACGUCCACGUUCAGAUGGUGGUGCUAAGAUUACCGGUUACAAAGUUGAAUGGCGUUCGACUACUGCUGGUGGUCAAUGGUUAAGCACGCCUUAUCUUAUUAAAGAUACACGUUAUACAGUUCACGGAUUAGUUCCUGGAGAUUCAUAUGAAUUCCGUGUACGCGCUGCAAAUCUUGCUGGAAUCAUUACUGGUCUUCAAGAAUUUGGACAAUAUGAGUUCCGCGUUACUGCCCAUAAUGCUAAUGGUGCAUCUGAACCAUCACCUCCAACUCCAAUGACAAAGAUUGCUGAAAUCUCAGGUGGAGAGAAGCCUGAUUUCGUUCGUCGAUUACAAGCACAAGAUGUUCCUCGUGGACGAGAAUGCACAUUGGUUUGUGAAGCUCAUGGUACUCCAGAACCUGAUUGUCGUUGGUUGAAGAAUGGAAAAGAUAUCACAGAGAAUACACGUUACGAUGUUUCAAUUUGCAAUGGAGUAUUCAAACUCACCAUUCGUCAUUUCGAAUGGGAAGAUGAGGGUGAAUAUUGUUGCGAAGCCUUUAAUCCAUUGGGUACAGUAUGGACUAUGUGCCAUGUACGUGUUGGUGUUCCACCGAAAUUGGGACAUUAUGAACCAACAAUUACCAUUAAUGAGAGAGAUACUGGAAAACUUAAGAUCUUUUACAGUGGUGAUCAACCAAUUGAUGUUACAGUAUCUCAUAAUGGUAAAGAUUUGGAUCCCGAUGUCGAUGACCGCUGUCGUGUUGUUAUUUUCGACGAUUUCUUCCUUAUCUUCUUGCGUGACAUGAAAACAAGUCAGGCAGGAUCGUACGAAUUCCGUUUGAAGAAUUCAAGUGGUGUUGUAUCUGGAAAAACAGACGUUUAUAUUCUUGCACCACCACCACCACCUCGAGGACCUGUUGACGCACAGAAUAUUACCACCAAUUCUUGCUUCUUGAAAUGGUCAUCACCGAAAGAAGAAUUGGAAACAUCUUCAACAUGGAUUGUUCGUAAAUGUACACAUUACAUUAUUGAACGACAAGAUGUUGAAUCAGGAACAUGGAUUCAAGUCAAUGGUCACUGUCGUGACACAAGUGUUUGGGUACAAAACCUGCAACCUGCCCGAAAAUACAAAUUCCGUAUUGCAGCAGCAAACGAUUCUGGAGCUUCAGAUUGGUUAGAAUGUGUUGACAUCGUUGAAACUAACUCUGGUCAACGUCCACCAGGUGCACCAGGUCGUCCAUCAAUUCUUGGAUCACCAAUUCAACACGCUAAAGCACGCAAAUCUUCGACUGAAGAAGCUGCUUCUGAAGAUGACAGUUUGCAACUUGUUGGUAACGCUGAAGUUAUUCUUCAAUGGUCACCACCUCUUGAAGAUGGUGGAAAUCCAUUGUUCGGUUAUCAAAUUGAAAAACGUGAAUCAGAUAGUGAAACAGAAUUAUGGCAACGUGUUGGACCAAUUCAAUCUCAAUCUACAACAUCGGGUCGCGAUCAAUUGUGUAUUCCACUUUAUGCUGGUAGCACAAUAUUCCAUCCACAAUCAAUGAUUGAUAAUUUAUUAGAUGGACGCACAUACGAGUUCCGUGUUAGAGCAGUUAGCGCUGGUGGUGCUGGUGCUUGGUCUCUUCCAUCUCGUCCUAUUAAAAUCAUUGACCCAACUGAAGGAACACCUCCAGAGAUUGUCAAAGAACUUAACAGUGUCGCAUGCAUUGCUAAUCGUGAUGCUGCCUUUGAAUGUAAGAUCAUUGGAAUGCCAGCACCAAGAAUAACUUGGUAUAAGGGUGCAAGAGAAAUAACAACUGGAACCCGUUAUCAUAUUUACACUGAUGUAUCAACCUUAACACAUCAUUUGAUUAUUAAUGGUGUGUAUGGUGAAGAUGCUGAUGAAUACACAUGUCGUGCUACUAACAAAGCUGGCGUUAAGAGCACUAAGGGAACAUUGGUCAUUAAAACUCCACCUAAACUCAAUGUACCACCACGCUUCCGUGACACUGCCUACUUUGACCGAGGCGAAAAUGUUAUCAUUAAAGUUCCAUUCAUUGGAUUCCCAAGACCAAGAAUCACUUGGACACGUGAAGGUGACAACAUUGAAUCUGGUGGACAUUUCAAGGUUGAAGCUGGUGAACGUCACGCUUUGUUGAAGAUCCAAAAUGUUGAGAAAUUCGAUCGUGGAUCUUACAUUUUAACAGUUGAAAAUGAAUUGGGAUCAGAUUCCGCAACAAUCAAAAUAGAAAUUUGUGAUCGACCAGAAGCACCUCGUCAAAUUGAACUCACCUCAAAAUACAUCAUUUAUGAUUCAAUUAAUGCUGCUGAGUUAGCAGAUAAGCUUGAGGGAUUAUCAAAUGGUGUUUCAGAGAAUGGAAUCGAUUACAACAAGUUGCCAGCUGAUGCUCCGACUGUUCUUUUAUCUCAAACAUUUGGAACUGUUGCACUCACAUGGAAACCUCCUGUUGUUGAUGGAGCUUCAAGCAUUACUGGGUACAUCGUUCAGAAGCGUGAACAUCCUAAUGACACUUGGGUGUUGUGUGGAACAACACGCUUAAAUUCAAUGCUUGUUCAGAACUUAACAGCUGGUCGCACUUAUGCUUUCAGAGUUUUCUCUGAAAACAUAUUCGGAAGAUCAGAACCCACUGAAAUGACUGAAUGGGUAAAGAUGCCACAAAAAGAGACAAAGAAACAAGAACCAACAUCACGAUUGAAAUUGGACGCACAAGGCAAAAAGAUUCGCACAGACCAAAAGGGUCAAGUCACUGAUUAUGAUCAAUAUUACUGGGAUAUCUAUCAGAAGUUCAUGCCAAAGGUUGUCGAUGUUGGAGCUGGAAGUGUCUACUCACGAUAUGACAUUCUUGAAGAAAUUGGAAGUGGUGCAUUUGGAGUCGUUCAUCGCUGUCGUGAACGUGCCACUGGUCACAUUUAUGCAGCUAAAUUCAUCCCUGUGGGAACAGCAAUGGAGAAACAACUCUUGAUGAAAGAAAUCGAUAUUAUGAAUCAAUUACAUCAUAACAAGUUGAUUAAUUUACAUGACGCUUUUGACGAUACUGAAGUUGAAGGAGAAAUUUGCAUGAUUUAUGAAUUCUUGUCAGGAGGUGAAUUAUUCGAUCGAAUAACUGCUGAUGGAUACGUCAUGUCUGAAGCUGAAGUUAUCAAUUAUAUUCGUCAAGUUUGUGAUGCUACACGUUACAUGCAUGAGAAGAAUAUCAUUCAUUUGGAUAUCAAACCUGAAAAUAUCAUGCUUACAACAUCACGUAGCACUGAUAUCAAAUUAAUUGACUUUGGAUUAGCUACAAAACUUAAUCCCAAUGAUGAAGUUAAGAUUUCAACUGGCACUGCUGAAUUUGCUGCACCAGAAAUUGUCGAACGUGACGCUGUCGGUUUCUAUACUGAUAUGUGGUCAGUUGGUGUCUUAGCUUACGUUCUUCUCAGCGGUUUAUCACCAUUCGCGGGAGAAACUGAUGUCGAGACAUUGAAGAAUGUUAAAGCAUGUGACUGGGAAUUUGAUGAAGAAGCUUUCCGUAACGUUUCUGAUGAAGCUAAAGACUUCAUUCGUCGCUUGUUAGUGAAGAACAAAGAGAAACGUAUGACAGCACAUGAAUGUUUGGAACAUGUUUGGUUAACAGGUGAAUCUAUUGCUAAGGCUGAACCAUUCAAUCAAGAGAAGUUCAAUCAGAAGAUUAUGAAACUGCAUGCACGCUUACGCAAGCAGGGUGUGUUUGGAAAAUACCUCGAUACAACUACAUAUAAGAUUUACCUUGGCUCACUGGCAGCUCGUUCAAGACUUAGAAUAAGUCGACAAGCUCUUUCAUUAAGCUUCGAUCGUCGACAAGCUGCUCCAAGAUUUGUUAUAAGACCAACAUCACAAUUCUGUUAUGAAGGACAAAGUGUCACCUUCAGAUGUCGUAUUUGUGCUGUUGCAGCUGCAACUGUUACUUGGUACACGAACGGUCGUGAAUUACGUCAAAGUGUUAAAUUCAUGAAACGAUAUAAUGGAAAUGAUUACGAAUUUACAAUAAAUCGAACAAAAUUAGCAGAUCGUGGUGAAUACAUUAUCAAAGCUGAAAACUUCUACGGUUCAAGAGAAGAAAUUGUUUUCCUCAAUGUACAACCAUCGCCAUCCUCGGGACCAAACGAUCUCUCACAGACAAUGCAACAAGCAAAUGCAAGAUUAGAUGCAUUACGCGAGAAAGCACGAUCAAAGCGACAGGAAUCAGAAGCGAAGGAAGUAGUCAUCUCUGGACAAGGCCCCAUCUUCACAUUCCAACUGCGUCCACGUGUUAUGCAAACUGGAGACACCUGCAAACUUCUAUGUUGCGUUGCACUUAACGCCAAAAAACCAAACAUUAAAUGGUAUAAGAAUACAACAGAACUUAAUAAAUAUGAAUAUCCUCAAACGCAAGCUGAUGGUGUCGUGUUCAUGGAGAUUGUUGGAUGCAGAGUUGGCGAUUCUGGAAAAUACCGUUGCGUUGCUUCUAACGAAUAUGGCUCUGAUGAAACUAGCUGUGUGGUUAUUGUUGAAGGCGAAGGCACAUCGCCCGAACAAGCAGAACUUGCCCAUAAUCUUUUAUAUUCAGGAGAUCGUAAAUACAUAGAAAAGCAAGCAAUGGUAAAACAACCACCUGCUCCACUUAAAUCAGCUGUUACCAGCUCUUCCACUUCAGCACCAAGUAAACAACCCACCAGUAGUAGUAGUCCAGUAAGUUCACCAAAUAAGACUGUAAGCUUAAGUACAACACCUAGCAAGAAGAAAUAUGGUGGAUCAGCAUCUGGCAGUAGUCCAAAUCGAUCACGAAGUGCUACAAAAGAACUUAUACUUCCACCAAAUGAUGCUGCAUCAAGCCCACCUACUUUUACUGUUGGACUUAAGUCACUUAAUAUUGGCGAUGGUGAACGACUCACACUUCAAUGUCAAAUUGCUGGAGAUCCUGAACCUCAAGUUUCAUGGUUCAAAGACGGAAAGAAAUUGGAAUCAAAUGAUUUUGUUGAUUUGAAAUAUAAAUACGGAUUAGCCACGCUUAAGAUUGAAGAAGUAUAUCCAGAAGAUGCGGGUGAAUAUAAAUGUAUAGCAAAGAACUACGUCAACUCUGCUGAAUCUGUUUGCACCUUAAAAGUUAAACCAAUUGAAGGUGGACAUGAUUCAAAGCGAAAACCAAAAAGCAGUGAUGAAUCUCUUUCUGACAAACCACCUAAGAUUACUAAGCACUUGACCUCAACAUAUGUACCCGAUGGCGGCGAGUGUGAAUUACAUUGCGAAAUUGGUGACACCUCAAUUUUCGAUGUCGUUUGGCUCCACAAUAACAAAGAGAUCAAACCAUCUGCAGACUUCCAAUAUAUUAAAGAUAAAAAUACGCUGAAACUUAAGAUUGCAGAAAUAUUCCCUGAAGACGCAGGCACAUACACAUGUGAAGCAUUUAACAAUGUUGGAGAAUGUUUCAGCACAUGUCAAGUGUUUGUAAUUGGGCAACAUGAAAAACUCGAAUUCUUACACACACCUGGCGCUUCAGUACCCGACAAGGACCGAUUGCAGGAAGUGAAAAAUCCUCUCUUCCUUAAGUUCCCUCAAUCUCAGUCGGUUGGAAGUGGAGUGAAAGUUAAAUUUGACUGUCAAUUCUACGAUGAAAUUCUCACAGUUCAAUGGCUUAAGGAUGGAGUCAAAAUUAAAGAAGAAGGAAACGAAAACAUGAAAUUCACACAAAAGAAUGGCAAAUACAGUAUGGAAAUUAAAGCAACAAGUCACUCUGAUAUAGGACAAUACCAAGCAAAGGGUAUUGGUCGUCAGGGUGAAUCAAUAUCCGCCUUCUCACUUAAUGUCCAUUAAUGACAUCAAUGUUAUUUGUUUAAGAAGUUUUUUUUUAUUUAUUGAUUUUAUUUUUAUUGAAUUGUGGAAAUUUAUUCAUUCAUAUAUUAUGGAGCAGCAUAUUUUAUAUCAUAUUUACAUAUAUUUUUAACAUGAAUCAAACCAACAACCAAAAAAGAGUAAAAUCCCCUAAAUUUACUAAUCAUAAACAAGUAGAAAAUAAUUUCUUAGAUUUAUUUUAUUUGGUUGAUGAAUUUUUUAUUUUUUCAAUAUCGAAAUUGAGUAACAAAAACGGUUAUUUCAUUACUUUUAUCUGCGAUGGGUGAAGAGAAUGAAUUUCCUAAAGCAAAGGCAAUGCUUAUCUAGUAUCAAACGGCAACUGGUGAAAUAAAAAAAUAAUUAUCAUUUUAUCAAUAGAAUUCAGAGAUAGUGUGAGAUUUAAAAUAAAUUAGAAAAUUUGGUGCCAACUUAAGAUCACAACCCCCCGGAAAAUCACUUUAUUUUGUAAAUUAUUUUAAGUUUUUCCCAAACAUUUUUCGAGUUUUAUGAAGCUUUGCAAAACUUUUACUAAAACAUUAUGUUAAACAUGCUCAAAGAAUUUAUUCAGCAUCCUCAAGUUACACCAUCAUUGAAUAUUUUUUUGAGAAUAAAAAGCAUUUAAUUUGCUUUAGAAAAUUCUUGCAAAGCAUCAAGGUUCGAAUUUGUUUAAUUUUUGAAUUCUAUUUGGUGACUUGAAAAUUGUUUUCAAUUUAUUUAUCUAACUAAUAAAACAACUAAUUACAAAAUAAAGAUUCUCUCUCGUUCAAAUGGGGAAAACUCUUCACCCAAGAUGCAGUACGCAGCUAUUUAAACCGUCUUCGUAGAUAAAUUUCUAUUUUCUUUUUCGUAGAAUUAAAACAAAUAUUCUUCUAUUUUUGCAUGAAACUUCAUCGUAUUGAGUAUCAUAGAUAAUGAAAAUGUUUUUUUUUUCAUAAUAAAAUGAAAUUUUCAAAAGAAAUUCUUCGAAAAAUAUACGAAAAAAAUUUUUUGUUUGUUUUUAACUAUAUUUAGCUUUUGCUUUAUUUAUUCGAACGUUUUUGUUUGAAGAAACAUAAAAUAAAAUAUGAUUCGAAAUUAAAGAAUA